CUUCCUGUGGAAAGGGUGGAAGGCACUAUAGUGGCUAAACUUCCUGCCCCCAAGACAAUAUUACCCAGAGAAAAACCAAUUCCAAAACCUAAACCAGAAACAAAGUGGCAACAGUAUGCUAAACUUAAAGGUAUCCAGAACAAAAAGAAAGCACGCAAAGUAUGGGAUGACGAGAUAAAGGACUGGAGGCCAACAUGGGGUUAUCAGAGUCGUGUCAAUGAUGAACUAAAUGAAUGGGUCCUAGAGGUGCCAGCCAAUGCAGAUCCUUAUGAAGAUCAGUUUGGAAAGGCAAAGAAAGCCAAAACUGAGAGAGUUGCCAAGAAUGAGUUGCAGAGAAUGAGGAAUAUUGCACGAGCUAGUAAAUUAAAAGUUCCAGGAGUUGGACUCACACCCACUGAUACCCCCAGCAAAGAUCAUUUGUCAAAAGCUUUGGCGCUAGCCAAAAAGUCCACUGCAUCAGUAGGAAAGUUUACAGACUCACUACCGAAAGAAAAACCUGUCAAAAAUACAGGCAAAAAGAGAAAGUUUGAACCAAAUGUGGGAGAUAUGUCAAAAGAAAAAUCUGCACAACUCGAUAUUCUCAGCAAGAUGGCGAAGGCAGGUCCCACAGUCGAUGUUACAAAAGCCAUGAAACAGCAUCUGUUGGAGGAAGAGCAACAGAGGCAAAAAGCAAAUUCAGAAAGACCCAAGAAAGCAAAAAGCAUAAAGAAAAGCAUCAAGAGAAAACAAGGCAAAGAUACCAAGCGUGGUGGAGGUGGAAAGGGAAAGAGAAGAGGAAGAAAAUGAUAAACAGUUGGAUAGAUUAUUUUUAAUUUAAUGUAAAAGAGACAGUGGAAAGAGUCGGAUAAAAAUUUAUGUGUAUGAAUCCUUUUUUUGUACAUUAUCUGUGAAUAAACUGUGCAAGAGAUUAAUUGAAUACUGUUCAUAAAGUCUGAUCAGUUCUGUAAUGGUGCUUAAGUGCAGCAAGACUAAGUGACCAUAAAAAUACAGAAAAGGAGUUCAAAAGAGUCCGACUCUCUUCAGGAAAAAUGACAGUAUGUGACAACAUUUAGCCGUCAUCAGUGUUCUCCAACAUUUGGUAUCUAAGAUCAAAUAUCUUUUAAAAAGGGAAGAAUACUUAAGAUGACUCGUUUAGAACCACACCAUUUUACAUGUCACCAGAAGGACUCUUCACUCAAAGGCUUC